UUUUCUCCUCUGAACGCUUCCUGAAGACUUCAGAAGAAGAAGGAAGCAGCUUCGAGUGAAGAGCAUGAGGCUUCGUUAUCUCACAGCAGGAACGACUUUUAGCAGCAGAAAACCAGAAACAAGCAGCGAGAGACAUGAACAAACGCAAACUGAGUCUGAAAUGGUUCGGGAGCCUCAGCAACCUCUCCACCCGCCGCCAGCCGGGCAAGGCCAGCAUCAAAGCCUCCCCGGGGCCCGACAUCAGCCUCAGCGGGGCCAAACCAGCAGCAGGGCUGGGGGACGAGUCGGUGGAUGACCUGGAGUCCUGCCUCCGGAGCCCCGGCUACGCCCGGUCCAGCGACAUGUACACCCACGUGGGCACCGUGCCCCGAGGAGAGAGGCAGAGGAAGAAGAGCUGCAGAGGGCCGAGAGACAAGAAGAAGAAGAAGGAGGAGGAGGAAGGGAUGGACGGAGGGCAGAGCAGGAGGAUGGACCACGUCAGAGACUCCCCCCUGCUCGGCGCCUUGUCCAGCCUCAGUCUGAGCAGCAUGGAGGCUCCUCAGCCGGCCUCGGCCCGGCCGCUGCCCGCCACCCCCUCACCCAGCCGGGCUCCAGCUCCAGGUAGCUCCAGGGCUCCUCCGGUGGAUCCUGUUAGCAGCCAGGAGGCUUUAAAGAGGAAAAACACUGCAGAAAGUGGAGGAGAAGCUGCAGCUAAAAGCCCCAAAGCGACGGCGACCCAGGAUCUGUACGUACCGAUGGACCCGAUAUCUGAAAGCGAGAGGCAGCGAGGCGUCACGUGUUCACAGGAAGAGCAGAGCGACGGAAGGCCUCAGGAUGUGACCUACGGCGGUGGAGAAUAUGUCAAAUUCUCCAAGGAGAAGUUCUGGCUGGAGCCGCCAUCGGAGAAGCUGAGGAAGGAGCUGGAGGAGGAGCUGAAGCUGAGCGGAGCUGACCUGAAGAGCCACGCCUGGUACCACGGAUGCAUCCCCUGGGAGGUUUCGGAGAGUCUGGUGGCGAACCACGGUGACUUCCUCAUCAGAGACUCCCAGUCCAGCUCGGGCGACUUUGUUCUCACCAGCCGCUGGGAGCAGAAAACCCUUCACUUCCUGGUUAAGAAGACGGCGGUUCAGUCCUCGGAGACGUACACCCGGGUCCAUUUCAGCCUGGAGACCGAGGCCUUCGACUCCUUACCGGCCCUCAUCCACUUCUACGUGGGCAGCCGGGAGACUUUGACUCACUGGAGUGGAGCUCAGAUCCAGCAGCCGGUCAACAGGACGCUACCGCUAAGCUACCUGGAGACGGCUUUCAGAACCACCGCUGCCACGCCAAUUGGCCACCAGGGGGCGUCGGAUGGCAGCAUGUCAGGAGAGGAGUGGGUCUGUCCGAGAAGUCCUUCCUCUCUCCACCACCAGGGGGCAGAUGUUGGCCAGAAUCCUGCAGAAUCCUCCGUUUCUCCUCCAACCCCCCAGUCCAGAAGUCCUUCCAGCAGCCGAUCAACCAGCGUGGCUCCGUCCCCUUCGCCCUCGAGGCGUUCGGACACCGGCCGACCGCUGCCUUCCCCCAGCGGCACCAUCCAUCAGCAGCACCUGGACCAGGUUUCCGCCUCCGAUCUGGUUGGAAGCUGCUACACGGAGCUGUAUCCGGGCCCUCAGAGCUACGUGGAGCGGCUCCGGGCCGAGGAGGGAACCUCGCCGGGCGUUGAACCACUUAGGACAGAGGACGGGAACGUUUACUUCUGUCCGGUGGUGGAGACGGUGUCGUGCUUCAGGCCCAGCAGGUACCAGUCGGCGCUGAUGCACAAAGAGAACAAACCUCUGCAGGUGGGCAUCCUGCGGAGGGUGAAGGAGCUGCUGGCCGAGGUCGACCCACGGACGGCGGCAAAACACAUCACCAAGGCCGACUGCAUGGUGGCCAGGAUUCUGGAGGUGACUCCAGAGAUGCAAAGGAUGAUGGGAGUUACUUCUGGGAUGGAGCUACUCACGCUACCACAUGGACAACAGCUGAGACUGGACCUGCUGGAGAGGUUUCAGACGAUGGCCAUCAUGUUGGCGGUGGACGUGUUGGGCUGCACCGGGUCGAACGAAGAACGAGCCGGUCUGCUCCACAGGAUCAUCCAGGUCGCCGCUGAGCUCAAGAGCACCAUGGGCAACAUGUUCGGCUUCGCUGCCGUCAUGAGAGCCUUGGAGCUGCCGCAGAUUUCCCGUCUAGAACAGACCUGGACGGCGUUACGGCAGCGACACACAGAGGGCGCUAUCCUGUACGAGAAAACUCUGAGGCCCUUCAUGAAGAGCCUGAAUGAUGGACGAGAGAGCUGUCCUCUGUCCAGCACCACCUUCCCCCACAUCCUGCCUCUGCUGUCGCUGCUGGAGAAGAGCGUGGCGGUGGGCGACGGCCCGGAGCCCUGGGAGACGGUGGAGGUCGGCGUGGACGUGGUGAUGUUCCACCUGGGGGCGGCCAGGACCAUCGCUCAGCUGGGGGGCAUCUACCGAUCCAACGCCGAGACCAAACUACAGGGUUUCCAGGAGCAGGCCGACGUCCUGGAGAUCUUCCUGACCGACUUCCAGAUGAGGCUGCUGUGGGGCAGCCGGGGAGCCGAGGAGAACCAGGCGCUGAGGUUCUCCAAGUUCGACCAGGUCCUGACGGCUCUGUCCAACAAGCUGGAGCCGCCGGUCCGACGACACUGACCCCAGAUCUGCUAAACGCCAUCCUGUGUUUGUUCAAAGGCUGCUGGAAGCCCAGAAUGGACAAAACCAGACUCUAAAAGCUCCUCAGACUCUUGAAACUCAGCAAUUGUUUGACUUAGAGCUGCAGGAAACGUCUUCGUACGCCAGAAUCUGAAGAGUUUUAGCAACAAACCACUAACUGCAGGAUGACAGAGUCAUUUUUAACCGAGGAUUUGCACCACUUUCUGCCAGAAAUGAACUUUAUCUUCUAUUUAACGUGAGCUAUUCCCACCUGAGACUGUAAAUACAUGGUUCUGGGUUCUUCAACGUCCAACUGAAGGCUGGACCUUCUGGACACCAACACGUAUCAUCUGGUACCCGAUAGCAGAUAACAGUUCAUCUGUAUUCCAUUUUUAUUUUAUUUGUGUAUCAUGUCCAUCAUGUGCUAAUCGUUAGAAUUUUCUAAUUCUGAAGUGAAUAUUUAAAGUAAUACAACUUUAUUUUGGAGUAAAGUGCACACAGACUUCCUGUUUCGUUACAUAGUAUUAAUGUCUACUAUUUAAAUAAACAUGUUUACCUCACUGGAAAAGCA